AUGAUACCACACCCAAAGCCCUCGCCCAGUCGGGCGCCAGCAACAUCGUCGUUACCGCGCGCUCAGACGGGAGCGGCGUGGACAUCAUCCAAGGACGUCGAGGGCCUUGCUAAGAGAGUAGCCGAGAAGUUUGACGCCGUCGACCUGCUCAUCAACAAUGCCAGGUUCCUGUCCACGUGGGCACCCCUAGCCGAGACCGACCUGAACGAGUGGUGGACCAAGUGGGAGGUCAACAUCAAGGGGAUCAUCGCUAUCAUCCUUAAAAUCCUAUCCUGA